AUGUCUCAGCUCACUGAAACCAUCACGAUGGCGCAGCGUGCGCGGAAGCGCGCGACUGACACGCAGAAGUAUGCAUUUGACGUCGGGAAAAGCGCGGUUGGCGCCGUGUGGGACCUGCGCAACGUCCUGUGGGAGUCGGCUCGGCUUGAUGCCUGGCCCACAGUCUUCCACAGUCUCUACGACAAGCUCUCGACUGGAGCCAUCGAUGAUCGUGAAUACUUGAACGAACAAGUCAUCCGUCUGGCCGCAUCACUCCCGAACGACUCCCAUGCGCGGAAUCUCAUGAGCAGCACCUUUGUUAAGACGCUGUGGCAAGAACUCCCACACCCGCCGACGUCGUAUCUGGGAGAUAAAUACAAGUACAGGGACCCGGAUGGAAGGAACAACGUGGACCGCCCCUGUGUUCCCUACGAGCGCGCCUCUCUUUUGCGCCGGAACGGACCCGCACGGGAGCACCCUGCCCGAAUUUCCUCUUUCUUAUUUUACUUCGGCACGAUCGUCAUCCAUGACCUCUUCGUCACUGACCACGAAGGCCCGGAAGGGACGUUGAAGAAUUCCUCAUACGUCGAUCUCGGUCCACUGUACGGCCACAAUAAGGAACAGCAGAAGAGGGUCCGUACUGGGUGUGAUGGAAAACUGAAAGACGACACGUUCUCAGAAUGGCGGCUUCUCACCCAGCCACCUGGCGUCUGCGCUCUCUUGAUUGCAUUCAAUCGCUUCCACAACUACGUUGUUGAAGAGCUGGCCAGGAUCAACGAGGGCGGACGCUUCACCCUGCAAACGCAUUACGUGCCCGACAAGAGCAAGAGUGCCGAGGACCAAGCGAAAGAUGAGAAACACUUCCUGAAGGAGGCGCAUAAAAAGCGCGACAACGAUCUGUUCCAAACCGGCAGACUCAUCACCUGCGGCCUCUACGCCAGCAUCGUUCUCGGCGACUAUGUGCGCACUAUCCUCAAUCUCAACGACAACAAGUUGAAGCCCGACUCGGACUGGACGCUUGACCCGCGCAUGCAUGGGCCGAAUGACGGAACACCAAGAGGUGUCGGCAAUCAGGUCAGCGCAGAGUUCAACUUCGUUUACAGAUGGCAUGCAACCAUCAGCAACAAGGACGAGCAGUGGAUGAACACCUUCAUGAAAGAGGUCUUUCCCGAGGGGCAAGUCGAUGAUGAUCCCCACAAGUUCUACCAGCAUGUUGAGGCCUGGAGGUGCAAGAACGCGAAGGAGGAAGAACCGGAGAAGUGGACCUUCAACGGUAUGACAAGAGAGCACGGCCAGACCGGCAAAUUUCGAGACGACGAACUGGUCGCGCUACUUACGAAUGCCACAAGAACGUGCGCCGGGGCUUUCGGGGCUCGUAACACGCCUGCUGCCCUGAAGGUCAUUGAAGUCCUCGGAAUCGAGCAGGGCCGUCGCUGGGGCCUUGCGUCCCUCAACGAGUUUAGAAAUUUCUUCGGAUUGAAGCAGUUCAGCUCGUUCGAGGAGAUCAACCCGGAUCCAGGCGUUGCCCAAGCUUUGAAGGCGCUGUACGGCCACCCGGACAACGUUGAGCUCUACCCCGGGCUCAUGUGCGAGGAGGCCAAGAAAGUUUGUUCUCCAGGCUCUGGGCUGUGUCCUGGCUUCACCAUUUCCGAAGCUAUUCUCGCCGACGCCGUAGCUCUAGUGCGUGGAGAUCGGUUUUUAACCAUCGACUUUGGCCCUGAGGGCCUGACCAGCUUCGGAUUUCAGCAACUCGCUGCGGAUAAAGAGGUUGCUGGGGGCGGCCAAUUGUACAAGUUGCUUAUGAGAGCAUUCCCUGGCUGGUACCGCCCUAACAGCAUCUACGCGCUCUACCCGUUCACCACUCCUCAGAAGACGCUGAAGGUAUUUGGGGAGAUAGGCAUGCCUAAUGGGAUUGAGCUGCUGGACAGGGACCCUGAGCUGCUGCCCGAUCCACUCCCAGGCGCGGUGCAACAGUUCAAUGACCCAUGGGAUCGUCUCUUCGCCGGACUACCGUCCAGCAAAAUCAGCUCGGGCAUGGCUUGGCCGAAUGAUGAGCAGAUCAGCAGGUUUUACGAAGGAAUCACCCGGGAUCUAAUCUGUGAGAAGGCGCUCCAGCUUCAGGAUAACAAAUGUCAGAUCGACAUUGUCCAAGACAUUGGCAACAUUGCGCACACAGUCUUCGCCGCCAGGUGCUUUGCCAUCCCCAUCCACUACCCUGAAGACACCCGCACCGUAGAGAAACUGCACGAGGAGCUCGCCCAUGCAUUCGAAUACGUGUACCUGGACCUGGAAGCGUCCAAGUCAUACAAAAAGCGUAUCCUUGCCCAUAAAGCGAAGGAUGACCUGCAGGGAAAGAUUCAGGAGGUGAUCAAAACAGCACAUUAUUUCAGAUCGAAUCGGCACAAGUGUGAUCCUUUCCCGGAGCCAGGAUUCGGCCGGGAGCUGGUGGCCAGACUUGCGGAAAGAAAGAACGUGAAUGAUGCGAUACGAGAGAUCAUCCCAGCGGCCGCAGCCGCUGCUGUGGCUCAAUCCCAAGCGUGGGCCCAAAUGAUGCAUUUCCAUCUAUCGGCCAACGACACCCACUGGGACAAAAUUGCCAUGCACGCGCGCCCCAAGGGUGACUUUGAGGAGCUGAAGAGAUGCGUUCUGGAAGGCUUGUUUCUUUCAACCCAGUUCUACGUCCACCUGAACAGGAAGAAGGAGAAGAAGGACCUGAAGAAGAAAAAAGACGUUGACGGAAACAAGGACAUGAACGGAAACAACAACGUGCCCAGUUCCAAUGCUGGCCACGGAAUCGAGCUUGAGAACAUGUACAACUGGGCCCAAGAGAAAUAUCUGCCCCACUGUUCCGCCGACGUGUUGAAGCUCAGGAACUUGUACAUCUGGGCAGAAGAGAGAUACCUGCCCCAAGGCCUCAACCCGUACGUGCUGGCGACAGCUGGCGCGGCGAUGCUGGGCACCGUGGCACGCGAAUGUCGCAACAUCAGGCGCGCCAAAGGGCCACAGGGCGAGAUUAUGCUCAAGCCCGCGGGAGGAGACCGUGUUGUGUACCUGUCCGAGGAUCUCGGCCGCUGGAACAACCUCCAGGACCAUCAGAGGGUGUUUUUCGACAGGAAUAGUUUCAAUUGCUGA